UAAUGAUUUGCACUAAGCGUGUGUCUAUCUAUGUCUAUCGAUAUUCUUACGCUCGGUAUCACUCGUGCAAUACGCAAAAUUGUCCUUUCUGUGUCGCCGUCAAGACCGACACGGUUUUCAAUUAAGAAACUAGUACAUAAAUACUCAACGAUGGCAGAUAUGUCAAUGAACGUUACUACACCACGAAAAAUGUCUUUCGGUAUCAAUGGAAAAUUAAAUGGUUUAGAAAAUAAAACACCUUUUUUGAUCGGAGUUUCAGGUGGCACGGCAAGUGGAAAAUCGACCGUGUGUAAACGUAUAAUGGAAAAAUUAGGCCAGGUUGACAUGGAUCACAUGCAACGACAAGUAGUUUGCAUUUCACAAGACAGUUUUUAUCGGGACUUAUCACCGGCCGAAAAACUUAAAGCCGAGAAAGGUCAAUACAAUUUUGAUCAUCCGAACGCAUUUGAUAAUGAUUUGAUACUUCAGACAUUACAAGAUAUACUGGCUGGUGUAAAGUGUGAAAUACCAGCUUAUGAUUACAGAACAAACAGUUUAGUGAAGGAUCAAAUUACAACAAUUUAUCCUGCAGAUGUGGUUUUAUUCGAAGGGAUCUUAGUGUUUUAUUUUCCUAAAAUACGUGACUUAUUCCAUAUGAAAUUAUUUGUAGAUACAGAUUCAGAUACUAGAUUGGCGAGAAGAGUACCCAGAGAUAUAAAAGAAAGAGGAAGAGAUUUAGAUUAUGUAUUGAAUCAGUAUAUGAAUUUUGUAAAACCUGCAUUCGAAGAGUUUUGCCUACCCACAAAGAAAUUUGCGGAUGUAAUUAUUCCAAGAGGUGCAGACAACACAGUGGCAAUAGAUCUUAUAGUGCACCACAUCUGGGACAUUUUGCGUUUGAAAAAGGCUGAAAACUCAUCCGGGCAGCAUCCAUACAUCUACCAACAUAGACGUACUUCAAUUUCAUCCGACACUCUCAGCAGAUGAUUUAAGCAUGAUAUGCUCAUUUAUAAAAGCACUACAUUCUUUUUAUAUAUUAUAUCAUAUAUUUUAAGUACUUAAUACUUCUCCCCUGUACUUACAAACACUGUAUUUGUACUACAUUUAUACUAAGCAACAGAAGAUAUUGCUUUUAAAAAGUGUAUCUGCAUCCAUUCUACCCUCGCAUGGGGUGACAUUAAUUUUUACACUGUUCCUAAGGAUAUGGAUAUACUGCAUGUUUUUACUAAGUACCUUCUCCAAAUAUUAUAAUUCCAACAUUGCA